AUGAAUCCCGUCAACACCAAGCCAUACAACUUGCCCACCGAUGCAACCUGGUUGAUCACUGGUUGCUCUUCUGGUAUCGGGAAAGCCUUGGCGACUUUAAUUGCCAGCAAACCUUCCCACCGGUUGAUCGCCACGGCCCGCAGGCCUGCAGAUCUGUCUUAUCUCUCCGACGACAACCCCAACAUCCUCAAGCUUGUUUUGGACGUCACCUCGCCAACAUCCGUUAAUACUGCCUUCGAUUCGGCAGCUGAGCACUUCGGAAACGACUUUCACCUUGAUGCCGUGGUGAACAACGCCGGGUACUCGCUUUCCGGCGACACGGAGUCGGCAACCGAAGAGGAGACCCACUUGGAAAUGGAGACCCUGUUUUUCGGCACCGCACGGGUGUCGACCCGGGCUAUCGGAGUCAUGCGCCAGCAUCCGGAGCACCGAGGCGGUGUCAUUUUCAACAUAUCCUCUUUGGCAGGUCAGGUUGGGCUGCCCGGUCACGCCUACUAUCAUGCGAGUAAAUGGGCUGUUGAGGGCUGGUCUGAGUCUGUGGCCAGGGAGAUGCAUCCGGAUUGGAAUAUCAACUUCUGCAUCGUGGAGCCUGCUGGAGUCAAGACCAACUUUGAAGGACACAGCAAGGCGCAUACCGCUCCUCAUCCAGCCUAUGCGGCCAGUGACAUGCCUGCCCGAGCCCUUGAAAGAUACGUCAAUGCGGGUCUCAAGAUGGGCAUGGGCGCUGAACCCUCUGCCAUUGCGGAUGCCAUUUAUGGUAUCGCAAGUCGCGGCGAGAAGAUUCCGCUGCGAGUGCCUUUAGUCGCUACGGCAUGGAAGAUGAUCAAGGGAAAGUUCGAUGGCUUUUUGCCUGAGCUCGAGGCGAUCAAAGACAUCAGCGCUAUGGGUCAGCAGAUGUAA